AUGGACAUGCAACUUCAGAGGCUGGUGAUUCAAGACAUCGAUAAGGUUGGCGGCGACAAUCAGCUAACCUUCAUGGAUUACGUUAAUGAUCUGUACAAGUUCUAUAAAGUUGCCGAGGUGAUCUUUCCUGUCCCGUCGCAGAAUGAGCGUCGCCCCCGCGACUACAUUCACUCCCAGGUGCAUCUCAGCUCCAAGAUGCAGGCCAUCCUCGUCGACUGGAUAAUAGAAGUGCAUGACGAGUUUGAUCUCAUGCCGGAGACCCUCUACCUUACGGCGUACAUCAUCGACCGGUAUCUCACGAAGCAGCUCGUGCUUCGGAGGGAGCUUCAGCUGGUGAGGGAUUUGGUCUGUAUAACAGACAAUGCCUACUCCAGGAAGCAGAUACUGAGGAUGGAGAAAGCCAUUCUCAAUCGGCUUGGAUGGAACCUGACAGUUCCUACACCUUAUGUGUUCCUUGCGCGCUUUGCCAUGGCUGCGUCUUACUUCAAUUUGAAGAACUAUGGGGAGAUGAUGAACAUGGUGUCCUUUUUUGCUGAACUGGCACUGAUGCAAUAUGCGCUGGUGCCGUCCAAGCCCUCCAUGGUUGCUGUUGCUGCUGUCUAUGCAGCCAGACUCACACUCAAGAAGACCGAUUCAUGGACUCGCACUCUCAAACACUAUACUGGCUUUACUGAAUCACAGCUAAUGCGCAAGGUGCUCAACAUAUGA